GCUCAGUUGGCUUUUUAACAACUGUUUUAAUGGAUGUCUAGCUCAAUUCAGUCGGUUUCCCAAAAUCUUUGUGUAGAUACACGUUUUUAAUUUAGUUUUAACGAAAUUUUAAGUAAAUGUAAAACGUACGAGUAACUAAGUAGUUUUUCAAAACAGUUUUUAACCAACAUGUCUGCAAAUUCAAAUUCACUAGAAGUCUCACCGAAUAGCACUUUAAACUUCACAAAAACCAACGACAAGCAGGAAAUAACCAUCAGAAAUGUUGGCGAAAAGACAGUGACCUACAAGGUGCAAAGCACAGUGCAUGGCAAGUUCAGUAUACGACCCCGCUGGGGAGUCCUGAGCCCCAAUGAGCACUCACACGUCGUCAUAACCAUGUGCAAGGAUGUGGAGCUCUCGAGGAAGGGACGGGACAAGAUAGUGGUCGUUUGCAUGGUUUCGCCCAUCAAUGCUGUGGACUUUGACUUGACCACCUCCUUCUGGCGCCACAAUAUCUGCUACGAUCCCAAAAUCGAGAAGCACCAGCUCACCUGCCAUCAAAUGAAUGGGGAAGGCGAGGGCGAGGGCGACGGAGGCGAUAAGGAUGCGAAGCCGGGCGAUCUAAGGUUUCGCAGGGGGUUAUGCCCAUCGUUUUGCAGUAUUCGCAUUCCGAGCAAGUACUGGCGAUAGUUUUCGACCGGGAUAGAGGGGGGUAGGGGCUUUUAUACCCUUCAGACCAGACUGGAGUGUCAAUUAUCCCGCCCGAGCAUUUUGGCCCUAAUGGCUGCAAUGACUAAGUAAUUGGUUAGCAGCCCUACCUUGUCUUGCCGUGCGCCUCUAUGGGCCAACAUUGUUGAUGAUGAGCCUUCAUUAAAAACUAAGAGCGUGUCUAUCUCUCUCA